AUGGUUGACUCGGACAUUAACGAUACUAUAGGCAGCGACGAAUAUUCAUCUUAUUCAGCGGGUUUCUUCGGUUGGCGAGAAAGCACUCUGGGACUGACCAUAGUUCACUACAUAUUCGCUAUCUUGGGGAUCGGAGGAAACUUCAUUGUGUGUCUGGUGAUUUUACGUAUCAAGAAACUACAUACCUUGACUAACUAUUUCCUACUGCACCAAUCAGCAAUAGAUUUGCUAGCAACCGUGGUAUUCAUCGUGACAUUUCUUGUUCCCGAGUAUCACAUCGAGUCUUAUAGUGUGCAUAGUACACUCUACUGUAAACUCAUAUGGUCCGAAUAUUUGUACUGGGCGCUGAUGUUGCUGUCAUCACUCAACUUAUCCGCACUGUCGCUCGAGAGAUAUUUCGGCAUCGUUCACCCGAUUAAGCACCACAACAACUUUAAUAUACAGAAAAUAAAACUCAUCUUUGUGAUCGAGUGGCUAUUCUCCUUCAUCUACCUGUCGUACUGGACAGUCCUGUGUGAUAGUCGUGGCGAAUAUUGCGUGAUUUCUUCAAAGAACGAAUUUUGGUCUAAAGUUGGUACGUUUUUUGACUCCUUCUUUCUAAACAUCAUGCCCCUUGGCAUAAUGUUAUUCUCGUACAUUAAGAUAUUCGGCGCUCUGAAGAACAGGGUGAAGCCAGAAGAAAUCAAAUCGUCGUCGCAGGACAAAGAUAACAAAAAAACUAUUAAUCACUGGGACAGAGCAAAACGAAAUGUCGUUCGGACACUAUGCAUUGUGUUCGUUUCUUUCGCUAUAUGCUGGUUUCCUAGUACUGUUUAUGAUCUACUUUACGUGUUCGGCGUUCCCCUGAAUUAUGACGAUACUUUUUACUUAAUCGCAGUGCUGUUUGCUCUUUUCAACAUGUGCGUCAAUCCGGUAAUUUAUACACUACAAUACGAACAGUUCAGAAAAGGUCUGAAACAAGUGUUUUUGUGUAAUAAAUCCAAUCAGCCGGGCGGAAACUCCACCGUUGCGACGACAUCAUCUCAACAUAACAUUGACGGUUAA